CGGUUAGCGUUUUCAUUUUGGCGCGCGUCUGGUCUCGUCUCUCCCAUCCCCUUCCCUCUCCCCAGAAAGACCAAAACACCCCCCAAAAUCCGCGGGCGGCGCACUGGCGGCAAGUUGAGCGGCGGCCAUGGACGAGGGGCUGGUGUCCGUGGACAAGUUCAGCGGCGGCAGCCAGGUCUACUUCCUCACGCACCUCCACCUGGACCACACGCGGGGCCUCGGCGCGUCGGGCGGCUGGCGCCACGGCCCGCUCUACUGCUCCCCGGCCACGGCGCGCCUCCUCCCCAUCCGCUUCCCGGGGGUCGACGCCUCCCUCCUCCGCCCCGUCGCCGCCGGCGCCUCCGCCUCGCUCUCCCUCUCCUCCCCCAACUCCGGGCGCCCCGUCUCCAUCCACGUCACCGCCCUCCCCGCCCUCCACUGCCCCGGCUCGCUCAUGUUCCUCUUCCGCAGCGAUAUCGGAUGCAUGCUGUACACCGGGGAUUUCAGGUGGGAGUUGGGGUGCGACAAGGCGCGGUCCGCGAAGAAGGCGCUACUCGACGCGCUCGCCGGGGAUACCGUCGACGUGCUCUACCUGGACAACACCUACUGCCACCCGUCGCUGAACUUCCCUCCGCGCCACGUCGUCGCUCAGCAGAUAGUUGACAUUAUUCGUGCUCAUCCUGAUCAUGAAUUUAUUCUUGGCAUUGACACUCUUGGCAAAGAAGACCUCUUGCUUUAUAUAGCCAGAGCACUACAAACGAAGAUAUGGGUCUGGCCCCAGCGCCUACUGACAAUACACCUUCUAGGCAUUGAUAACAAUGAAGAGAUCUUCACCACCCAGACCAGCUUGACCAGGAUCCGGGCUGUACCAAGAUACGCCCUGAGCAUUGAGAGUCUUGAAGCUUUGAACACAGUAUGUCCAACUAUAGGAAUCAUGCCUUCAGGCAGCCCUUGGCUAUGGAGAAACAGUGAGGGAAAGGCUAAGUUCAGUGAUAAAGCACCAGCAAAGUCUAGCAGAUGCAAAGGGCGAGGGCGGGGCGCUGGCGCAAUAGAGAUGAACUAUGAUCCCUUGUCACCACCAAAGCUAUUUGAGAAGGACUCCUACACUCUGCCAUACUCCGACCAUGCUUGUUUUUUGGAGCUAGAGGAUUUUAUGCAGACAGUGCGCCCGUCAGCAGUCGUAGGGAUCGUCCGCACGUCAUACUGUUACGUGAAUCCUCGUGGUCACUUCGGCCAUCUCUGUGCAGACGAAGACGAAGCGUGCACUGACAAUACGCCCGUGAAGAAUGACAGGCAUGCUGGAAACUCGACGCCCUUGAAGAACAGCAGGCAUGCUGGAAACUCGACUCCGGUGAAGAACGGCAGGCAUGCUGGGAACUCGACUCCAGUGAAGAACGGCAGGCAUGCUGGGGACUCGACUCCGGUGAAGAACGGCAGGCAUGCUGGGAACUCGACUCCGGUGAAGAACGGCAGGCAUGCUGGAAACUCGCCGCCUAAGAGAAGACCAAGUGCUUUGAAGACCCCGAGGAGAAGGAUGGUCAAGAUCUCCAGUCCAACGCUGUACAGAAGCAGAGCUAUAAUGAUGAAAAGGAGGCAUUCCUGUGGUGCAAAGAUUGAAGAACCCGAAGAAACCAUCCCUUUCUCUUGAGUUAUCUCCCCUCCCAAGUAGAUUUUAUCUUAGUCCUGCAAAAUGAUCGACAGCAGCUGGAUGUAGAACCUAUGAUCGUCCCUCGAGUUAUCUCCCCUCCCCGAGUAAAUUCUAUCUCGCUCCUGCAAAAAGAUCGACAGCAGCUGGAUGAAGAACCUGUCAUCGUCCCUCGAGUUAUUUCUCCAAGUAAAUUUUAUUCUGCUCCUGUAAAGUUUAACAACUGGAUAGGAAGAGCCUGUGUGCGACCUACCUCCCUUUGAGUUAUUUUCACAAGUAAAAUUUGUUUAGCUCGUGUAAUAAUUAACAGAUGGACUGUGGAAGCAAGUGGGCUAGGAAGUGUUCUGAUACUCUUUAACCAGCUUUCCUGGCCUGGGUGCCCACCGGUGCUGUCUGGUUCUUUUAA